AUGGUUAAUUUGAGAUCGGGUGGAACGCCUGAUUUGACGAAAGAAUACGUGACAACGCGUAGAAGAAGAAAUCCCCAAACGCCAGAGGCACAACAGGAAUCGAACGCAGGUUUACCAACGCCUGCAACCAACAAGGUGACUGCCCCGGGGGCAUUUGAACCUGACGACACAAUCGAAGAGGAAUCGAACGAGUCGAAUAUCGAAUACGAAGACCCGGUUAACGACAACGAAAUGUCAGAUAACGCGGGUGGCCCUAGUAGCCAUGAUAGGAAAGGCAGAACGUCUGCUAUCGUGAAAAUCCUUAAUGAGUUCCGUGAUCAAGUGAGACCCAUAAGGAAGCCAGUUGUACUGACCGGAUCUGGGAACUACCCCAUGUGGAAAGAAGAGAUCCUCCUCGCAGCGAGGCAAUCUGAAACCGAUGACAUCCUUGAUGAGAAGCAAAUAGGCCCUGAUGAUAACGCCAGCACUGAUAUGCAGCGAUUUUGGAAAGAACGCAACAUGUGGCUAUACAACUACAUGUGGUCAUCAGUUGCCCCACAGGCAAAAUCUCAUUUUACUAUACCCAAGGAUUGCGAAUUAUCUGCGUAUUCUCUAUGGUCUAUCAUAGAGGACAAUUUCGCUGAAAGGCCUGCUGUCCUAAGGACAAGGUUAUACAAGGAGAUGACAAGCAUGACAGCCAAGUCAAAAGGCUCUGAUCGCGCGUUUAUCGAACGCUUGAUCGCCAUAAGGACUGACUAUAUCCGCCUAGGAUAUAGGGUCGAAGAUUUCAUGUUUUUUGACUGCUUACUUACUGGGGUAAGCAAAGGGUGGGCCUCGUUCAUUAAGAACCGUAUGGACCAAAUUGAGAAAGAUAACGCCCAACCCUUAGAGAGUGAUUUCAUGGCCCUUUGCCGCGAUAUCCUCUUGCGGCUUCCGACAACUGAUGAAUCCAAUGCUGACACGUCUAGGAACCCUACCAACAACGCGCAGGACUCCAAAUCCGACAAGAAGGAUAAGAAGGGCAAGGAUAAGGAUAAGGAGAAGGAGAAGGACCCCAAAUCUGACAAGAAGGGCAGUGAGACACGGACCUGCUUCCAUUGCCAGAAGACCGGUCAUAUCCAGAACGAUUGCUGGAAGAAAUACCCAGAGAAGCGUCCGUCCAAUCCCAACAACGCCAAUAAGGAUAAGGACAAGGGUGAUACCAAUGCUGGCACUGCUCCUGUCCAUAACGUCGUGGAACAAGUAUUCUGUAUGACGGACAAGGCCUACAUGAGCAGCGAAAGACCCACGAGAGAUACCUGGAUUCUAGACUCGGGUGCGGGUGCCCACGCAACACCUCAUAAAGAUCUUGUCGUGGCAAAGCCCCAAAAAUAUACUGUCAAGUUGGAAAUGGCAGAUGGAACGAUAGUGCCUGCCGCAGCGAUAGGCGACACGAAGAUCACCGUUGAAGGGGCGGACAUGCUACUAACUGGCGUCCGCUACGUCCCGAAAUUAGAAGUGAACCUCAUGAGCAUGGGUAAGCUCGUACGCCAGGGCUUUACCUUCAAGCAGUUGGCAUAUGGAAGCAACCACGCCGUGCUCUUUAUGUCCCCAGAUAGAACGUUCUCCUUCACGGCGAAGUUGAACGACAAUGAUAUCUACGAGGUGGAGAAGCGGCCUACCUUCAAGGAUCUAAUUCGAUUCGCCCUGUCCAACGGCAAAUUUGAACCUGUCAACGCGAUGGCGGACGACAGGACUACUGACGCGAUACUGGCGCUGCCCAACAACGACAUAAAGGUUAUAGAACUAACAAUGACACAGUGGCACCAAAAAUUAGGGCAUCUAAAUCCCGCGGAUAUCGCUAGAAUGGCAGCAGAUCCACGCCUAGGAAUGAGAAUCAUCGGCCAACGAGCUUUACCGUUUUGCAAAGUCUGUGUCCAAGCAAAGAUGACACGUCCAACCUUUGCGCCCAUGACGCGAGCUACCAAGCCGGCGAUGAGACUCUUCAUCGACCUAGCAGGGGGUGGAAAAACGCUUUUUGACGGGAACGACCUACCCACUAGGGGGGGUGCUAGCUACUGGCUAGGGAUAACAGAUGACGCUACGAGAUACCGAUGGGCAAUCUUGAUGAUGUCGAAGGGUGAGUCUACCGCGAGAUUAAUGAACUUCAUCACAGGCAUUGAGGCAACUACGCAACGCCGUGUAGGCACCCUACACUGGGAUGGUGGCAGCGAGUUUAAAGGCCAAGAUCUGAAGGCCUACUGCCAGAGCAGAGGAAUUGCGUAUGAAACGACUACGCCUGAUACGCCGCAAUCGAACGGCCCUGCUGAACGCGCCAACAGGAUUGUUGCAGAAAAGACAAGAAGCCUUCUAUUUGAUAGCGGACUAGCUAAGGAAUUGUGGGGUGAGGCGAUGCAAGCCGCGAUCAUGAUGAUCAACACGUCCCCAACGUCAACUAAGAUAUACGGAUGCAAGCAAGUAGUUCCGCUUACGCCAUUUGAGGCAUGGACUGGGGUGCAACCUACUGCCCAUUGGAUACGCAGGUGGGGGUGCAAGGUCUACAAGAAGAACCUAAAGGUUACCAAUAAGCUCGCGGAUAGGACUGACGGCAAGGAAUGGCAGCUAGUUGGCUACCAAGGACUGCACCAAUAUCGUAUCUGGGACCCAAUUGGCCGUCGCCUUGAAAUCGCGCGAGAUGUCGUAUUCGACGAAGGACUAGACAAGGGUGAAACCACGCCUGCGAACGUGGUGAGGCAAUCGAGCGAAUUACCAGAAGAAUUGGACGUACUAGAUGCUGCUGAUGGGUGGCAACACUGCCUCCUGCGACACCUAGCAAAGGUGAAACCUGACGUUUUGAAGAUGAUUGCCAAUGGGGAUCUUGAAGGUGCGAUAGAUCCAACAUACCUUCUAGAUAAUGAGACAGAACUUGUCGAGAAUGAUGAACCAGAAGACCCUGCCAAUGAGGACGAUCCUGUCCUGAGCACCCUAACUGACCGCCCAACUACCGUGGCGGAAGCCAAAAGGAGCCCUGAGGACUACUGGUAUGAGGCGAUGAAGAAAGAGGUCAGCAUGUUUGAGAACAAGCAGACAUAUAUUGUCGUUGAGAAGACCCCAGGCAUGGAUAUCUUAACUGGUAAAUGGGUGUUUGAUCGCAAGUUGAACAAUAAGGGAGAAACAAUCCGGUUUAGAGCUCGCUGGGUGGUUAGGGGAUUCCUCCAACAACAAGGAGUCCACUAUACAAAGUCGUACGCCGCGGUGGUAUCAGGACCCACGUCACGGAGCUUAUUCGCAAUCUCAACGGCAAAGGGGUGGAAGGCAAAGGCGAUCGACUACGUCUCCGCGUUCUUGAACGGCAUACUACCGCAGCACGAGAUGGUAUAUAUGCAACUGCCUACAGGGAUUAAGCACGGCAGGGGGGGCCUGGUUGGCCUGCUCCGCCAGAGCCUUUACGGGAUGAAGCAAGCAGCGAGGGUGUGGUAUUUCCUUGCGACGGAACACCUCACCACUCUAGGAUUCAAAAUCUCGCCGUACGAUGGCGGAUUCUUAUAUCACCCUAUUCGCAAGAUCUACCUGACAUUGCACGUCGAUGACUGUCGGGUAACGGGACCCCAAGAGCAGCAAUUAGACUGGAUAUUGGCAGAGAUUGCUAAAAGGUUUGAGACAAAGGAUGUCGAAGAGAACAAGCCCUACCUUGGAAUGGAAGUCAAACGUCAAAUGAACGGCGACCUAGCGGUUACCCAGAACCGUUAUAUCGAUGAGAUCCUUGAGGAAUUUGGAAUGGACAAGGUCAACCCGGCCAUCACGCCGAUGGCGGCCGGCAUACGCCUAGAAUCUCACCAGAUGAAGAUAGCGGGCUUAGGAUCGCUGCAGUAUUUGGUGUCAAGCAGCAGACCAGAUCUGGCAUUCGCGGUCAACUACCUCUCACGUUUCAACUCGCGUCCGCACAAGGAAUGCUGGGCAGCAUUAAAACACGUCCUACGCUACGUCAAGAAAACGAAGGAUCACGGAAUCCUAUACAAGAAGGAGAUGAUUGGGGGACUCAGUCCUGUCGCGUACAGCGACUCAGAUUGGGCAGGGGCAGACCCCCAAUACAAGUCAACUACAGGUUACAUUAUCCUGCUAAACGGAUCACCAAUCUCGUGGCGGUCGCAACGGCAGACCUCAGUUGCAAAAUCAACCACUGAGGCGGAGUAUAUCGCGGCAAGUGAGGCAGCGUGCGAAGUGAUCUGGCUGAAUGACAUGUUAUUUGAUGCUGGAUUAGUAGAAGGGAAAGCGAAGGUAUGCUCGCACCUGCGAGUUGACAACAAGGGCGCGAUAGAUCUAGCAAAAGGGGAGUCCUUGACAAGGAGGUCACGUCACAUCGAGAUCAGAUACCAUAUCCUUCGCGAUCUGGUUGAAAAAGGCGAAAUCAUGAUGGAACACGUUGGUUCUACGGCCAAUAUAGCUGACGGCCUCACCAAGCCACUGGCAAGGCCUGCCUUCGAAGAAUUUGUUAAGAGGAUUGGCUUAAUGGAAAUUGGCAAGAAGGGGUGA